GUCGCGAUCAUACUAGAGCGGCAUGCUAUGACCAAGAUCUACUACGAUCUGUUCUUGCGUGUGCAACAUCUGGCUCAAUGGUCACCCACAGAAAGACAAACUUGGCUGCAUCAUCCCCGUCUGCCUAUGCUGUUACGAUAUAUCGGCUUACGCAGUCCUUCGGCAGCACAGUUACGUCAGGCUAUCUUUGUUCUGCGUCGAUAUUUACCCGAAUUCGAUCCGCUUGGGUCCACGUUAAACUACGGCGUGAAUGGGACAUUUAGUCUGAACACACUGAGUCACAUUUUACGAGAUCGGGCCAAACGAGGUGCCUUGUUGAAUCGUGCUGUGGCCUUGAAAUUUGAGGAACUACGGUCAUGGCCUCGCCCUGUUCGGCGAUCCACUGUUAUCGGUGGAAUUGUUCCCAUGAAUCAACUUCACUUGUAUCAAGAGUCCCAGAUACGUAUGCUAUGGGCUGGAAUUUUGGAUUGA